AUGGAUUCGUACACAAGACUAGCCCAUUGGCUCACACCCACGGCAACGAACGUCCCGCUCCUCUACCACGCCCCCCGCCAUCCAAAGAACGCCGCGGACACCGCGGUCGUCGAACAGAUCGUCUUCAGCGUCACCCCGACACCCGGCGUAUACGACUUGAUAGGCUUCUCAGAUACAACGGCUGUAGAACAGCCUGCCCGGGCGCUACCCCGUCCGCCGCGCACGAUAUGCUUCCUGCAACGGCCGUUUGCGCUCGAACGACGGCGGGUGAGAAGGGGUACGCUGGUCUUAGCGAGCCACACCUCGUUUGAUGAGCAUCUUACGGUGGGCUGGAACACGGCGCUCGCAGAGCGUCUUGGGAUGGACGUUGGCGACAGUAUAUGCGUGGCGGGAUAUAGAGGGGAUGCGGAGACGAAGAUCGGCAUUAUCGGACGUGUUUGUAUGCGUCGUGGUAUGCUUCGGCGGCUCAUCGCUCGAGAGGUGGCCGCGAUCAUGAAUGCUUUUAACGCAGACGAGGUCUAUCGCGUCUUGGAGAUGGCGCGGCAGCGGGGCUGGAUUCAGCCCGAAGGGCAAUGCGGCAGGCAUGUCCUCUACCUCACCGGGCAGCCGAGAGAGAGCGGGCUAGCGGCCGCGAACGAGCAUGGAAUGACGGCGAUUUGCGUGGGGCACCGCGCAGCUGAAGAGUGGGGCAUCCGAUAUAUGGCUUCCCGUUUUAAAGAAGCUUUCCCGGGUAUGCGUGUGGAGGAGGUUUUCGAGGAAACAUCUGCUAAGAAAGACGCAUGAUUUAUUCGUCUAUAAUGGAGGCGCUCUUUGAAGCUUCGCUACCUCAGGAGUAGUAGGCCUAUAAUGCACCUUCUCUCUAGGUUCCUAGUAUGUGCUAGGAACAUUAUAGGCCAUGUAUCGAUCAGCCUGGAGGCAUUCAGUAGGUUGAAGCAAUCCCACAUCAGUCAUCAUCGUGGAUCUACUGUCCCGAUGAUGAGGGCAAAUGGGCUGGAACAGAUCUUAUAUAACCAUGACACCUCACUCUGUCUCCCUCAUUUCGUCGAGGUAAGACCGAGGCCUACUUCGUAACUCGCAGGAGACGCUAUGCUACCCAAUCUGUCAAAGUCAAAUCAGAUCGAUGCAACUGCCAAUCUACCUCGUUGGCUUCCGGGCGGC